AUGGUUCUGAGGAAGAAACUCAAUUGUUUAUGGACCUUAAGUCUCUGUCUAGUAGCCAGUAAAUCGCUUCCCAAAGUCCCCUCCAUCACAGACCAGAGUUUUAUAGACGCUUGCGUCAAGAGUCACAACGAAAUGCGUGGCAAAGUCGAUCCCCCCGCGGCCAACAUGAAACACAUGACUUGGGAUGAAGGUUUAGCGCAGAUUGCUGAGGCAUGGACAAAGAAGUGCAAAUUCCAACACAACACCUGUUUAUCAAAAUCAUAUGAAUGCCAUCCAGCUUUUCAAUUUGUUGGAGAAAACAUGUGGUUAGGUGGAUUCAGAAUAUUUACACCAAAAUCUGCUGUUGUUGCCUGGUAUAAUGAAAAUAAAUUUUAUGAUAUUAAUAGUCCGUCAUGUUCCAGAGUUUGUGGCCACUAUACACAGGUAGUUUGGGCCAAUUCAUAUAAAGUUGGCUGUGCAGUUAGAAUUUGUCCUAACCUUGGGGGAGCUGAAACUGCAGUAUUUGUAUGCAACUAUGGACCUGCUGGAAAUAUUCGAAAUGUCAUCCCUUACACUAAAGGAGCCUCCUGCUCUAUGUGUGCAGCAGGAGACACUUGUGCAAAGAAGCUCUGCUACUCCAUCCUGGAGACUGAAGCAGCUGUUGACAGUGGGUCUCCCAGACAGUACCCACAAGCUGCAGAAGCUGCAAUAAAGCUUUGA